UCUAUAUUUUUUUUAGAGAGAGAAAGUUAGAGAGAGAAAGUGAGGUCAAAAUCUUUCUUUCCCUCCUUUUAUACUCUCUCUCUAGAAAUCUCACUCUCUUUCUACUUUCUCUCUCUAAAAUUCUCUCUGGUUUUUGGAUUUUCAGUGAAGAAGAAAGGUUUUUGAUUUCUUCAGGUUGUGGCCAUGGACGGUGGUGCAGAGCCUUACAAUCCAAGAACAGUUGAAGAGGUUUUUAAGGAUUUCAAAGGUCGAAGAGCUGGAAUGAUUAAGGCUCUCACUCUCGAUGUGGAAGAGUUUUAUCAACAGUGUGAUCCUGAGAAGGAGAAUCUUUGUCUCUAUGGAUUCCCAAGUGAGCAAUGGGAAGUCAAUUUACCGGCUGAAGAGGUUCCUCCAGAACUUCCAGAACCAGCAUUAGGUAUCAACUUUGCUAGAGAUGGAAUGCAAGAGAAAGAUUGGCUAUCUUUGGUUGCGGUUCAUAGCGAUGCGUGGUUACUUUCUGUUGCCUUUUACUUUGGUGCUCGAUUUGGAUUCGAUAAGGCUGAUAGGAAACGUCUUUUCGGUCUGAUAAAUGAACUACCAACUAUUUUUGAGGUUGUAACGGGAGUAGUGAAGAAACAAGUUAAGGAUAAAUCAUCAAAUUCAAAUCAUGGCAGCAACAAAUCGAAGUCAAACUCUAAGCGAAGCUCUGAAUCGUCUGCAAAGGCAAUGCUAAUGCCUAAGGAUGAAGACGAAGAGGGUUUGGAUAUGGACAACGAAGACGAGGAAGGAGAGACACUCUGCGCUGCUUGCGGGGAGAACUAUGCAACAGAUGAAUUUUGGAUUUUAUGUGAUAUUUGCGAGAAAUGGUUCCAUGGAAAGUGUGUGAAGAUCACAGCAGCAAGAGCUGAACAUAUCAAGCAAUACAAAUGCCCGUCUUGCAGCAACAAAAGAGCCCGACCAUGAUCAUAAUCGUUUCGGUAUUGUCUCUGUAAUCCGUUAUCUGUACUCGACUGCUAAUUGGUCCAGUAGGUCAGGUUUAUUAUGUUCAGUUCAGUUUUGCAUUUAUGCAAGUUUAGGAAUUUAAUUCAGGUUCUUCAAUGUGUUAGGUUUUCAAAUCUACCCUUGUUACUAUAGUGUUUCACUUUCACUAAUGCUAGGGUAUUUAUGAUCAUUAUUUUUUCCCCUAGGACUUAUUUGAUAUUCAUCUAUGCAUGAAUUUUAACUCAUUGUCGUUUCACAUUAUAAGCAUUGUCGUUUGACUCAAUGCUUGUGUUUUUAUUAAGCCUUGUUAUAUUAUACAAAGUCACAACAUUUGGUCAAACGACAAUAAAUGUUUGGUGUUUUUUUGAUGUUAAAAGGGGGACCUUUUGAUGUUUAUUUAAUUGAUUUUAGAGUGUAAGAAAA